GGGGGGGGGGGGGGUCUGUCUUUAAAACUUUAACUAUAUGCUAACAGCAUGACAAUGUAUUAUUGUUGUUGUUUGUUUAUAUAUAAGUAAAUAUGUGGUUUGAAAACAACACAGGUAUUGAUGUGCAGGCUGUACAAAGGCUAAUGUUAUGCUUUCUUGGCUUUAGCAACACCUGCUGGAUUUCUAUCAACAUGGCCUGCUUGAUUGUACUUCAUAAUUUUCUUUGAAAAGUUCAGAGCAAUUAAAAACCUUAAAACCAUGACUUUUAUGAUGCAUCAGUCUAAUGGAAGAAGCUGGUAAUACAGAGAAUGUGUUCUUUUCACCUGUUAUAAACUACAUUGAAAGGGAUGGGCUUUCUGUUUCUGUAAGUCAAGUUAUGAAGUUAAAUUUAGUAAGAAAAAGUACCAAUAACAUUAAUGUUGGUAGAUUUUUAAUAAUGUACUUUUUCUGCUGUCUUCAAAAUAGGUACACAAAUAAUACGGGCAUGUUACAACAGUAAUGUAGUGUUUUUCAUGAAGCUAUUCUGCCCCAAGGUGACUUGCCAUUAUGCAAUCUGCCAGCUUUAUGCUUUGUUUUAGAUUUGAUAGCAACAUUGAAAAGUGUUCUGCUAGAUACAGUACUCUGGUGUUACCUCAAACCCCAUUUGAUACCAGAUCCCCAUUUAGAACACACUCUUUCAGUUUGGAGAUGGGUAUUUUCUUCUUUUUUGAUUGUAGGGAACAGUUUCUUAGCAGAAAAAUGUAUAUGUAAAUAACAACACAGUUAAACAAUCCAUCAGUGAAUUAUUAUACCCCUAUACAACUUGUUCUAAACAUAUCAACCCUUCCCAAAGAAUCUGGUACAUCUUGCCAUAGACACUGACAGUAAAAUUCUGCUUUAUAAUAAGUUCACUAAUAUAGUUGAUGCAGUCUGUUAUGGUAAGAGCCUUUUUAUCAGCAUGGCUUCAGACUUAUUACUAACUAUUCAAAUAUUAGAUUUUAUGGGGCACUCCUAUUCAAGCUGUAAUAGUCUGCAAUUUAGACCUUCCGACAACAGUGAUAAUGACUUAUACAUUGGCAGACUCCUUUUUUGUGCAGAGACUUACCCAACUUGCAUGAUUUUUGUUUAUCUCUUAAAAAUCCUUGUUCCAUUCUUACACUGCAGGUAACUUAUACAAAGAGAGAGUGAGAGAACAAAAAAGAUAAACUCAUAAGCACAAUGCUUGAGAAGUAGUCCCAACAUAUUUGCUUUGACCUUUGUUAAACGGUUACAUUUUGCACACAAUCUAUUAUAAGUAUUGAAAUUAGGAAUAAGAAUUGACAAUUUCCAUCAGAUUAAAAUGUACAAUUCUGUGUUAUUGUAGGCAAGUAUUUGCAUUUAGGUUUUAUCAAAGAAAAACUGUUUCCUUUUGACUUUGUUAUGUUAAGUGACUGAUAGUAGUGUUGAUGGAUUUUACCUUGUACAGAACAGCAGUCUACAAUGAUAUGUGCUUAACAGUGCCUUCACAAGAUGGUACUACCUCCCCUAAGCACUUUAUCAUGCUUUUUGCUUAUCUAAUGUGUCAUGCAGGAAUGCAUCCCUCCUUAAAACCCAUCCUUCCACCACGCACUUUAAAAAGAAAAAAAAAACAACCUGGGUUGUAACCUUUUUUUUCUCUUCCUAUACAGAUUAGAAAACUAAUAUGUAAAAGUUGCUAAUGUUAUAAUUGCAUUAGCUGAUAUUGGCUAAUGUUAACACAAAUAAUAAUUUUGUUUCAUAUUCAGUUAAAUUGCCCCAAACCUCACUCACUAGGAUGCCAUAUUUUCUGGCUACCAUAAUGUGUGCUUCACAUAGCAUCUAAAACUAAAAUGUAUUAGUACAUUUUCAUUGGUUCCCUUUCAAUGUAACUAUUUAUUUUUUGCUUCCACAUACAUUGUAGAGGAUUAGGACCAAUAUUGUACAACAUUUUCAGCUUUCACUAUGGCUGAGGUUAUUGUUAUAACAAUUACCUGUCAAAGCUGAACAUGAAUUGAAGUGAUUAACGUUAACCAAAAGAAUUGGUUAAUGUAAACAUGUACUGGUCAUAAUCAACAAAAUAUUUAACCUUAUACAUUACCGUAAGGGAGGACUCACACACUCAUCAGUGACCCUAAAUGGUGGGAAUUUGUCAAGGAACACGCCCAGGCAGCAUCAAAGCAAGUGUCUGGCAGUGCCUGCCCCUCGUCACCUGACUGAAAUCUAACAUGCAUAACAUUGCUAAUGCAGUGAAUUCUUAACUUUUAAAUACACAUUUUAUAAGCAUGCAUUAGUUAUCUUGUCAUGGACCUGUAUUAUAUCUUAAAACUGAACGUUUAAGAAAUAAACAUUAUUAUUGGGUUAUAAAAAAAAAAAAAAAAAAAAAAAGAUUUAAAAUCUGUUUGCGUUCAUCAACCUUAACUUCUAGCACUAAACUAUAAACUGCGGUAGAAUUAUAUGAAACCAACUCAAAUAAGCAAUGAAUACAUGCUGUUGCCAAGUGAGUACACUGUAUUGCCCCAUAUUUAAGAACAUUUACGUAUUUCCUUGUAUUUGAUGCUCAGGUUUUUUGUUUAUCAAAAUGAUAAAGGCUACUCCCUUUCAAAAAGUAUAUUAACAUUAUGAGACAGACCCCACUAGCCCACACCCUCUUUCCCAAUAUCAAGAGAAAGGGUUCUAAUAAAUUCCCAGGGGGAGGAAAUAGUACAGUUCAUAGGACUGCUUGUAAUGGUCUGACUCAUGCAGUUGUCUGAGUUUAUUAACCCAAACCCUGCAUCCAAGACACUUCAAAAGAAUAUAUUCAAUUCUUGUGAACUCUGGUGUUCUUUUUAAAGGGAUUGAAGAGAACUAUACAAAUAGUUUUUAAUUAGACAGAUUAAAAACAUGUUCCUGUUUCUCAGCUCUGUUCUGACCAUGUCUGUGUUUUGGGGAGCUGAAUGCAACCAAGCAAGUAGCAACACAUCUUUUGUCCCUGAAAUAAACAGCAGCCUGUGGUCCCUCGACCUUUCUAACAGAAACCUGAACUCAAGCGACAUUUCUUGUGGGAUCUUUAAGCAUGUACAAUUAGAAUAUCUGAAUCUCUCAAACAACCUCCUUGCGAAGUUCCCUCUCUGUUUACCGGCAACCCUAAAAGUCCUGGAUUUAAGCAACAACAAUAUUUCAGAGCUUACAGACCACAGUUUUCAAGGCCUUUUGGAUUUGCACACAUUGCUAUUAAAUCAUAACAUCAUCAUACAGGUUUUGAUGAAUACAACUUUGAACCUAAAAGUGUUGGAUCUUAGUUAUAAUCAGCUUGUAUCAUUGCCAGUGACACAACAGACCAACCUCACUUACUUGUCCGUUGCAGAAAACCAAAUAGAAAAUGUUCAUCUAAACGAUUUACACACUUACCAAUCACUUGUGUAUGUGAACCUAUCAGGAAACCCGCUUGCCUAUUUUAACACAUCAGGCAACCGCAAUGAGCUGGACAUAAGGAAAACCAAUAUAACACACGACACUUGGUGCAGUCAUUUACAGAAGCUUGAAACAUUCCAUUUGGAAAGAAAUUUCAGCCAUCAAAUAUAUUCUUUAAAAAAAUGCAUGCUCAAAUUAAGCCAAGUGAACUUCAAAGACAUAGUUUCACUGAACACUGGAAACUCCAAGAUUUUCAACAAUUUGCAGCAGUUGAAAUUCCUCUCUAUCGAAAACUGCAAUAUGAGCUCAGUUGACUCAACAAAUACGACAGAAAAUGAUAAUGAAAGCCUAGUUAACUGUGAGCUUGGGCUCCGUUUGCUUCUGUCUAAUUCCAGCAAGAAUCUUGAAAGGUAUGAAGCAACUACAAGUUCCAGUACACAGAAUGCACUAGAAAACAUUGCAACUACCAGAAGAGAUGGGACACCCACUUCCACAGUUUCAGAUUCUACAAAAUCUGCAGCUUCGGAAACUUCUAGCGGAAUGACUACAGAGACUAAAUCAGGGAUGGCAGUCCCAAACGUGGGACAGGAAAACACUUCAUCUAGAAGAACAGAUGGGACAUCCACUUCCACAAAUUCAGAGUCUACAAAAGCUGCAGCUUCAGAACCAACAAAAACAGCAGCAAUAGAGACCACAAAAGCAUCUAUACAGACCACCAAACACAGACCGUCGAGAUAUCCCACCAUUCCAUUUCAAACAUUUGACGAGCUUGAGUCUGAUGAUUUACCAUCUAAACAUGAUGAAUUUAAUGCUCAAUUGGUGCCAUGUGACUAUGAACCCUGUAGAGAUGUUCAGAUUCCUUGCUUGGACCUGCAGAAGCUACAUAAAUGCUUAUGCCCAGGAAUGACUCAAGGUACUUUACGACCAAACCCACCAACACUCAAAGAUGUCUCUGAAAUUACAUACACAUCUGCCAAAAUCCAUUGGUGUGCUCCUUAUUCUGCUGUAAGUGAGUACUAUCUUAAGGUAGAACGAGAAGACGGAUUAGUGCAGAUGAAUGAUCACAUUCACGAAACAUUAAGAACGUUUACUUUGUACGGGCUUCCAGCUGGCACAACACACACUGUCUGUGCUGCAGCAAAGAACAAAGCAGGGACCUCCGAUGAAGUAUGUACUACAUUCAAAACAGAGUAUGAUUAUACAAUAUUCGUCUAUGCCUUUGCCACAGCUACAUGUUUGCUUCUACUUGUUGUAAUCACACUGGCAGUAUAUCUGUACAAGAGGUCUAAAAAUCCACCACCUGAAUUUCCAUACCUUACAAACUCAAUCUCUAUACAGAACCCAGCAUUCAGCCACCAGAUGGGGAAGUAAGAUCUUUCAUGUAAAAUGGGGUGAUAAACAAUUGUCUCCUUAAUUUGUUAAAAACUAGUUGGACAGAAUUAAAGUAACAUCAUUCACAAAGCUUUACAUUAAAGAAUGUUUUUUAAUCAGUUUUAAAAUUGUAUGUUUGAUUUCCAUUAAAGAAAGUUUUUUUUAAUCGGUUUUAAAAUAAGUUUGAUAUCCAUGAAACUGUUCUGGACUCUACUUGCCUUGUUUACCAGCAGCUUAGAACAGUUUCAGGAACUUCAAAUGUUACACUAUUCUUGAAAACAUUUAAAUAUGAGUAAAAGCUUUGUGAUCAGGGUCCACUGUACCAUAAUACUGUUUUUUCUCCCUUACACAUAUAGUUGUGCCUAAAAUGUAAACAGUUACCCUAAUAUUCAAUACGGAAAGUUCUAAUUAGAAGUUGUGUAUAAAAAAAAAGUACCCAGAAAAGCCAAGGCAAGUACUUUUGCCAUAUAUCUGCAAGCAUGUAACACUUCAUCCAGAUGGCUUCAGAAAGAAGAGAACCUUGCUAAUCCCACUAUAAAAAUAUUGUACUACUGUAUAUAAAUACUAUGUAUAAUAAAACAAAUGACAAUAAUGUUAAUUUGGCGUCAUAUAUUGUAAUAGUUACAUACUAGUACAUAAUACUAACCUUCAAAUGUGCAGAUUAUUGCUAAUUUAAAAUAACAAUUUGCUUCAAAGUAACCUGUUUUUUUUUCUGUUGCAUUUUUGAAUUUUUUUUUUUACCCUUUUUAGGGUUGUAAUCAUUUUGUGUGUUGUUGCUAUUGUUUUAAGAAACACAUAUUGUGGAUAAAUGAUCAGCUGUACAGUAUUGUCCAACCUUUCAUUUCAUUGUUGCUUGUGGAGUCACCAAAGACAUGUUAAAGACUAAACGUAUGGCUAAUGUGAAUCAAGUUUCCUUUUAUUUCUUGCAAAAAAAUAAAAUAUUAAUAUUGACAUAAAAUUGCAAGAUAUUUACCAUGUGUUAAUUUGGUAAUUCAAAGAUCUUGCACGUCUAGGUGUGUCUUGUGUGUAAAUUGUGCUGCAAUUCUAAGGGAUGUUUUUUUAAAUUAUAUUGUAUAUACAGUCAACAUUAUUGACAUGUCAUCUAAUAUUAGGAGGUAUAGGCACUCGCUAUAUAAAUUGUUCAGUUUUACGUAAUAGCUUAUUUUUAGCCAAUAAUUGCCUCAGAGAUAGACACAGUAAACAGAGCAUUAUGUUUUCCUGGAGUGGAAUGUCCACUACUGUCACUCACGAUCAAAAUAUUUUUGGAGGAAAUCCGAUUAUUCAUGGGUUAUAUGUUCACACAUGAGUAUUGUCAUCUGGAGAGGUAAAGUAAUGCACAAAACCAAACCAUAAAGAUUGUCUUGGCUUUUUUUAUUUACCAGAUUCUGCCGAGUCAACACCCAAGGAGGGGGGGGAUUGUGGGUAAAGUUGUCAAGGCAAAAGUGGAGAAGGGUGUUGGCUCAGGCAGGGGCGAAACUACAGGCAUUACUGCAGAGGAAG